AUGAUUGUAUUCGAUACUGACUCCACCGAUGGACUCGAAACUAGUCACUUUGACUUUAUCAUUAUCGGAGGAGGAACAUCUGGCCUUGUUGUCGCGAGUCGACUUUCAGAAGACCCCAGUAUCAACGUCUUAGUCCUGGAAGCAGGCACAAACCGCUUGAAUGACCCUCGGAUCUCAGUUCCAGCACUGGCCAUCAGUGCUUUCGAAGACCCCGACUUUGACUGGAACUUCAAGACAACUCCACAGGAACAACUAAACGGCCGUGAAAUGCUGGCCAACAAGGGCCGCACCCUAGGCGGCUCUUCAGCCAUCAACAUGGGCAUGGUAAUCUACCCAUCGUGCUCAGGCAUGAAUGCCUGGGAAGAACUGGGAAAUCCUGGCUGGGGCUGGGAUGGCUUCUCGCCAUAUAUUCGAAAGUUCCAGAAGGCCACGCCCCCCUCAAAAGAAAGCGAAGAGCACUUCGGGGAUGUCGGGUACAAACAAGAAGAUCAAGGGAGUGACGGCCCAGUACAGGUUUCGUUUGCGGAUCAUUACAUGCCGUAUUACGGGGCUUGGAUGAAGACUUUCGAGAUGUUGGGUUAUCCACAGGCGGAUAAUCCGAUUAAUGGUACUGGUACUGGGCCUUUCAUUAACCCCAGUGCUGUGGAUCCGGUCACGCAUACUAGGAGUCAUUCUGCUGCUGCGUAUCUUACGGCUGAGACAAGGGCGCGGCCAAAUCUGCGUGUUGUGACGGGUGCGCUUGUCAAGGCUCUUUUGCUGGAGAAGGGAACUGAUGGAGUCGAGGCCAGCACUGUCGUUUUCUCUAAAGGCCAGGAAGUUUAUAGUGUUUCCGUCGGGAGAGAAGUCAUCCUGGCUGCAGGUGCGACGCAAACACCUCAGAUCCUGGAACUGUCUGGCAUUGGCGAUGGAGAACUCUUGCAACGACAUGGAAUCGAGACAGUCAUUAACAACCCUUACGUCGGCAGGAAUAUGCAAGAACACGGCAUUAUUCCCUACAGUUUCGAAGUCGCUGACGGUCUCCCGUCCGCUGACAUGGCCAGGGACCCUGACGUUGCGGCAGCAGCUAUGACUUCCUAUGAGAAGGACGGAUCCGGUCCACUUGGUUAUAUCCAAUUUGCAGCUGCCUUCAUGCCAUGUGUGGACCUGCCCCAAGAGCAAAGGAAUGAGAUGGUCGAGAGCAUCAAGGCUUUGAUCAAGAACCCUGAAACUCCGAGAGCUCUUCAAAAGCAGCUCGAGGCCCAAGCCAAGCUUCUAGAAAUACCCGAGGAAACGACAGCUCAAUUCAUACUCGCACCAUUCCAACUAAACCCACGCGAGGAAAUCCCGAAACGAGCAUUCGGCCCCAGCCACCCGGGAAAUUUCAUCUCGAUCUGCACUGUCCUUAGUUACCCGCUCUCUCGAGGAUCGGUACAUAUCGGUUCGAAUAAAGCGGAACAUGCGCCUGUCAUUGAUGUCGGGACAUUGUCGAACCCGGUUGACUUGGAACUGCAUGCACGACACUGUAUGUGGGCUGAUCGGGUUGCGGCGACAGAGCCAUUUGCGAGCUUGUUGAAGAAGGGUGGAUAUAGACUGCAUAGUCAGGAGCCUGUUGAUCUGGAGAGAGCGAAGGAGCUGUGCAAGGAGCUGGUCAUGUCGAAUUAUCACUUCUGUGGGACUUGUGCGAUGAUGCCGGAGGAGGAUGGGGGUGUUGUUGAUUCAAGGUUGAAGGUUUAUGGGACGACAAACAUUCGGGUUGUGGAUGCUAGUGUUUUCCCAUUGAUACCCCGGGGGAAUAUCCAGGCGACUGUUUUUGCGGUUGCUGAGAAGGCGGCGGAUAUCAUUAAAGGGGACAUUUAA